CGUGGGAGUCAGUGUUCUACAGUGUGACAGCCCCUGACACUCAGACUUCCAACAGCUCCACUCAACUUACUACUAGUACUAGAAGCUGAGUCAAAGAGUCCAGCGAAGCGUGAUUUGGCACUAGAAGUUGGACCCGAAGUCGACAAGCCUUGCUUCGCACCAUGAGGGCCUUGUGUGUUGCUGUUUUGGUUGGUGUCUUGUUUACAUGCAUGACAGGGAGCCAUGCAUGCAGUUGUCAGCGUAACCACCCUCAAGACCAGUUUUGCAGAUCGGAGUUUGUGGUCAAGGCAAGCGUUGUCAGCAGGCAGUACAUCUACAAACCCACACCACAGCCGGUGACAGAACCCGCACCAGAAUCGUCAUCAGAGUAUUCCUCCUCUGUACUUGACGAGGAAGGUAAUUUAACUGAGGUGCAGGGACCGGCAGAGCUGCAGAACAGGCCACUGGCAGAGCUGCAGAACAGGCCACCAGCAGGCUUGCUGGCCCCCAUAGCAAUGAAUGAUUUCCCUCCGAGUACCAGGGAAGACAACAGGCCAAUCAAGUUGGAGUACACCAUCAAGGUGGAGAAGGUCUUCAAAGGAGACAAUUAUCUCUUGGAGAGAACUCUGGCCAAGAUCUACACUGCUCCAUAUGAGUCACUCUGUGGCCUUGUAGGGUUGACAAAUGAUAUCUCCUACAUAAUUGCUGGUUCUUUUUACAACAAUGAACUUCGCUUCGGCUUGUGCAGUUGGGUUGUACCUUACAAGAGUCUGCCCCGUACUCAGCGGAGAGGAGUGAAAUUGAUGUUCAAGAAGACUUGUGGGGAUUGCACAAUUGGUAGCUGCUAUGGUGCCACAUGCAAGUUUGUCCCCCAGGAAGAUAACCGUUGCAUGGUAGACAUUUCUAUGAUGGGCAACAGCUGUGAGGAGCAACACUCCUUCUGUGCGCGCUCAAGGAAGGCUUGCAAGUGGCAACGAAACAGAGAUUACAAGCAAUGCCUCAGCAGUACACCCUAGGAAAGCAAUCUGGAUACCUUCCAGAUUAUUAGGAGCAGAUUUUAUUGACAGAUAUAAAAAGAAGGCACAAUCCAGGUCAUUGAAUCACUACUCUACUCAACAGCCAAGUGGAAAUCUGGGUUGUGUCUUUUUACAUAUCAGAUACUAUGCCAGAGUUGUAUAUACACUGUAUUAUAAAAUAAUUCCCGUUAUCGAUUCUUCCUCUCUAUUUUCCUACCACUGUUCUCACUGACACAAAAAUUUGAUGUGGAAAAUGCCAAAUUCUAUGAAUUAGACAAAGCCAACAAUUGUUAAACCACUAACCUGAGGCUGAGGAAGACAAUGAACUGAGAUUUCAUAAGCAUUUCAGUUCCUGCUUUAACAUACAUACUAGGAAAUUUCAGAGCAAUGCAAAAUGCUUGAAUAUUUGAUUAGGGUGGGUGAGGAGGGGGAAAGGAAGUUCCUCUUCCAACCUUUUCCCCUACCCUUGGGGCAUUCACUCCCCACCCCUGCAUACCCAUGGUUACAGGAAGCUCUUUAUGAAUGAUUUCAGGUUUGAACAAAAGGUUCAAGACACAUAACAAACACUCAUCUCCAGCCACGGCCAGAAGUGUGUUUAGACAGAAAACACAGGGUGUCUAUGAAUUUCAUUUCCAGCCCAACUCCAAACCAGAAGAAAAAACAGAACUAAUUGAAUGUUCUCCACAUGGAGUUAAUGUGUUGAAAUAAAAAAAAUCCUCCUUAAUUACAUCCUGGGUCUGGUGAGAUUGCAAUUCUUAAGUGAGGCAAAGUCACUGAUGUGGUUCAAAGUUGGUAUGAUUAGUGUUAGAGUUUCCGCCAUCAACCUCCGUUCUAACAUCCUGUAUUACAGUCCAGACAUACAAUGAGGAUUUCCUGUAGUAAUUCUUCAGGGAUUUCUGACUGUGAUAGUGGGAGGGACAGCUUUAGUCAUGCGGAUACCAGAAUUAAACCUAACCCCCUGGGGUGUAUGUAAAAUCAUUCUGAAAUUAAGGACUGUGAGGGUAAAAGAAACAGUUCCUCAAACUAGCUUCAAUCUGGGGCCAACAGUGUAAUUUCACAGGUUGAAAAAACAUAGUUCUUAUAGUGGCUCAUAUGGAGGUGACAUUUAAAAAAUAUCUACAAUACAAGGUUAAGGUUGUUGGUUUGUGUAUUGAUAUAUAUGCACUUGCAUCUGUUAUAGCAGUUAGAUUACAUGUACAUAGUCAGUGGCACACUGUUUAUCACUCUUUGUGUAUAGCAACAAUCUAACAAAGAUUCUAUAAUUGAAUGCACUGUACAUGUGUACUGCUGGAUUUGUUUGUAUUUGUUCACUAUUUGGAUAUUUCAAAUGGGAACUCAAAAUAAUAAAUAAAUUCCAAAGUCUCUCA